AAUAGGGCACACUAGUCCACAAAAUAAUGGAAAGAUCAAAGUGAGCUCUUCUCUCUCUUACUCUUAACAGAGUUUACUGCCCGAGCGAGUCACAUACACCCUGACUCACUGAGUCACCGUGCUAUGUUAUAUUGACGGCCAUGGAUUUACAGUCGAACCUGCUUAUACACUCGAAAGUGUCACCCUUUUCCUUUGGGUUGACAGUUGGGGGUAAAAUUUCUCUUAGACAUACUAACAAACACCUACAAUGCCACUCUAUCUACCCCAUUCGCCAUUCCCAUCUGACCCAUAAACCCCUCACAACGCAGACAAAGUUUCCUUUUUUCCCGAACCAACUCUCUACAUCCUCUAAAAGAGGAAAUACCCAUUUUCUUAGUUGUGUCAAAAUCAAUUCUUCUUUUUCCCAAAACCCACAAUUGAGUACCCUGAAAAACUUGUCUUUCGAUUCAUUGAAAAACACCCUUUUGCAGUUGACCCCUUACGAUAUUAUCAAGCUCUCUACUAUCUUAUCCGUAACGAUCGCAGCCACAAAAUGGGCAACGAAUGGUCUUCUCAACCCCUUUUUCUGGAUGUACUUCAGCUGGACUUGGAUGUUUUGGCCAUGGAUUAUGGCCGGAGCUUUGGCCGUUUACGGAUUAUAUUGCUUCCGCAAGUAUGUGUGUGGUGAGGCAAACAUAUUCGAGCAACUUGCCAUUGUUACUUCAACUUUCACUUGGCUCACCCUUGUCCCACCUGCCCAUUUCAAUGGCUUCCUUGAAGGUUGGCCUUUUGUCUUCUUCUUCGUUUAUCACUACUUCUUCUUCUUCAAUGUGAGUGUAAGGAAACGGCUUUAUGGUGAUUACUACCUUCGGUCACACGACCCUAAGUGGGAUGUGAAACCACCCAGGUGGCGUCGCCUUCUGUUCUGCAUUGGAGUCAUGCUCUCCCAUUGGCUGGCAGCAUUCGAAGGACCUGAGCUUCACCUCAUUAGUGGUGGGGUGAUAAGGAAUGUGGGCAUUUGGGUUAUGAUAUUGGUGACAUUGUUAAUGCAGUAUAACUCCACCUUGUACCUUGCAAAGUACUCAGAAAAGGUUGUGGUGCCAACUGCCGUGGUACAGUUUGGGCCAUAUAGAUGGGUUCGUCAUCCCAUAUAUGCUUCAACAAUGCUUCUCUUUGCUGGUUACUGUAUUGCUCUUCAAGCUCCUUUGGCUUCACUUUCUGUAGUAGCUGUUUGCUUGUGGUACUAUGAGCAGAGGGCAAAGCUUGAAGAGGCUUUGAUGGUUGAGACUUUUGGGGACAACUAUGUUGAGUAUGCAAGUAAAGUUAGGUACAAGUUUAUUCCUUUUGUUUAUUAGUUUAAUUACCUCAAAAUGAAAAUGAAAUUGAAAACAAAACAAAAAAAUAUAUAUGCUAUGUUAUAUGGGAUAUCCAUUUAUGUUCUCAAAGUUUGUUCUUUUUUCGUUUUGUUCAUGAAGAUUAAGUACUAUAAUUAGUUUUUGAAA